AUGGACGUUCAAAAUAAAGAGGCCGUCCUCGUCCCCGAAGCUGGCUCGUCGGCCGCGGCCAACGACAUAGAGAAACAGGAAAGCCGCCAACAUGCAGACCUUCACACGUCUGUAUUCAAGAGUCUCGGUAUUAUUGAUCGCUUCCUGGCGCUAUGGAUCUUCCUUGCCAUGCUCAUCGGCAUCCUCUUGGGGAACUUCGUCCCUAGCACUGGCCCCGCCCUGCAAAGAGGCGAGUUCGUGGGCGUAUCUAUUCCCAUCGCAAUCGGACUACUGGUCAUGAUGUACCCCAUCCUCUGCAAAGUCCGGUUCGAGACGCUGCAUCAUUCAUUCCGACAAAGGACGCUGUGGGUGCAGAUUGGAUUCAGCGUUGUCGUCAAUUGGCUCAUCGCACCUUUCUUCAUGCUCGCACUUGCCUGGGCAUUCCUUCCUGAUGAGCCCGGCCUACGCGAAGGUCUGAUCCUGGUCGGAAUUGCAAGAUGCAUUGCCAUGGUCUUGAUCUGGACCGGACUUGCUGGCGGUGACGGAGAAUACUGCGCCAUCCUUGUCGCUAUCAACUCUCUGCUGCAGAUGGUCUUAUUCGCCCCACUGGCGGUAUUCUUCAUCCGAGUCAUCAGCCAGACUUCAGAGUCGAUCGACGUCGAGUAUGGCCCGGUUGCAAAGAGCGUCGGCGUGUUCCUGGGCAUUCCCCUUGCUGCCGCCAUCGUCACACGCUUCACACUUCGCAACCUAGCCGGCAAAGAGUGGUACGAAAAGUUUCUGAAGUGGAUAGGCCCGCUCUCUCUCAUUGGGCUCCUCUUUACCAUCAUUGUCUUAUUUGGGUCGCAAGGUCGGCGUGUCGUCCACCAAAUCGUCUCUGUUGUGAGAGUUGCGGCGCCUCUGAUCGUCUACUUCGCCGUCAUAUUCUUGUCCUCGCUGUUCGUGACCAGAAAAUUGGGAUUUGGCUACCGACUCGCCUGCACGCAGAGCUUCACCGCAGCCAGCAACAACUUCGAGUUGGCCAUCGCAGUGGCAAUCGCAACGUAUGGCGUCAACAGUGACCAAGCACUGGCGGCAACCGUGGGUCCUCUAGUGGAAGUCCCGGUUCUGCUGGGCCUGGUCUACGUUAUCAAAUGGAUAGGGAGAAGCAAGAAUUGGGCGGCCUAG